AUGCUGGCCAGGCUGCUGGCCCGGGCUUACUGCCCUAAAGCUCUUCCUCAGGCCCCCAGAAGCCACCCUGGGUCAGCAGCUGCACGAGCCUGGAGUCAUGGGCCCCUUACUGCCUACAUGCCUGAAGCCGUUGCAUUCCCUGAACCUAAGAACCAUCAGGGCUUGUACAAGGUGUCGGUGGAGCAGGGGGAUGCCUUCUGGGGAGCACUGGGCAGGAGUCGGCUCAGCUGGAUCACUCCCUUCCACUCUGUCCAAGACUGUGACAUGCACCAGGGCAGGGUCUCUUGGUUCAUGGGUGGACAGCUGAAUGUGGCAGUGAAUUGUCUGGAUCGACAUGUCCAUGUAGCCCCAGACAAAGUGGCCUUAAUAUGGGAGAAGGAUGAACCAGGAGAGGAGGUGCAGGUCACAUACAGGGAACUGCUGGAGCUGACGUGCCGCCUGGGAAACACUUUGAAACGACAAGGGGUGAAAAGGGGUGACAGGGUGACAAUCUACAUGCCCCCAUGCCCGUUGGCAGUGGCUAGCAUGCUGGCCUGUGCUCGCAUCGGGGCUGUGCAUGCUGUGGUGUUUGCCGGGUUCAGUGCAGAGUCCUUGGCGGAUAGGAUCCGAGAUGCCCAGUCGGAGACAGUGAUCACAGUGAACCAGGGGCUGAGAGGUGGCAAGGUUAUUGAGAUGAAGAAGACAGUGGACCAGGCUGUGAAGCAGUGUCCAAGAGUGAAACGGGUUCUGGUUUCCAUGAGGACUGAAACCAAGGUUCCUAUGACAGCCCUAGACAUGGUGCUGGAGGAGGAGAUGAUGAAGGAGAACACGUGCUGUGAGCCUGCAGCCAUGGACAGUGAAGACAUGUUGUUUCUUCUCUACACAUCAGGCAGUACCGGCAAACCCAAGGGUCUGGUUCAUUCCCAAGCUGGUUACUUGCUGUUUGCUGCUCUCACACACAAGUAUGUGUUCAACUACCAAGACAGAGACAUCUUCGGCUGUGUGGCAGACAUUGGCUGGAUCACAGGGCACACUUAUGUGGUCUAUGGCCCCCUCUGCAACGGUGGCACCACAGUUCUUUUUGAGAGCACUCCUGUCCAUCCCAACCCUGGCCGCUAUUGGGAAAUGGUGGAGAGGUUAAAAAUCAACCAGUUCUAUGGAGCACCCACUGCCAUCCGCCUGCUCUUGAGAUAUGGUGAUGAAUGGGUGAAGAAGUAUGACCGCUCUUCUCUCAAAGUGCUUGGCUCAGUGGGGGAACCCAUCAACAAGGAGGCGUGGGAGUGGUACUUCAAUGUGGUUGGUGAGACACGGUGCCCAGUAGUGGACACGUGGUGGCAAACAGAAACAGGAGGCAUCUGUAUCUCACCCCGUCCUUCUAAUCCUGGAGCUGAAAUCCUUCCAGGCAUGGCUAUGAGGCCCUUUUUUGGGAUCAGCCCCUCACUCUUGGAUGAAAAGGGAAAUGUCCUUCUGGAAAACAACAUUUCUGGAGCCCUUUGCAUCUCACAAGCCUGGCCAGGUAUGGCACGAACCAUUUACAAUGACCACAAAAGAUUUCUGGAAACCUAUCUGACUCCUUAUCCAGGGUUCUUCUUCACUGGGGAUGGUGCAUAUCGUACCAGUGAGGGCUACUACCAGCUGACAGGACGACUAGAUGACAUCAUUAACAUCAGCGGGCACCGGCUGGGCACUGCAGAGGUGGAGGAUGUUGUGAAUCACCACGUGGCAGUGGCAGAGUCUGCAGUCAUUGGCUACCCGCAUAAGAUCAAGGGAGAAGGGGCCUAUGCAUUCGUUGUGCUGAAGAAGGACAGUGGCUACACACAGGAGACUCUGACUGCUGAGCUACGGGAGCUGAUCUCAAAGAAGAUUGCAAAGUAUGCAGUUCCAGAGUAUGUUCAGGUGACGAACCGGCUGCCCAAGACACGCUCAGGGAAAAUUAUGCGUCGGGUGCUAAGGAAAAUUGUGGAGGACAAGACCAGUGAACUUGGGGACCUAACCACCCUGGAUGACCAUGAGGCUGUGCAGCAGAUCAUAGAGGGACACAAGUUCCUAGUGGAGGGACAGAAGAGCUAUUAG